AGAGAGAAAAAAAAUCAAAUAAAAUAAGUGUAUGGAGAUGAAUAUUUCCAAAUGACUUACCACCACAAAAAUGCAUAGAUAAUUGAUAUACAUACUUGAACUCAUCUUCAUCUUCUUCUUCUUCUUCUUCUUCCCCAAGAAAGAAAGAAAGAGAUCAGAUCAAUGGGGAGCUCGCCGACCACCAUAGGUCCUCUGUUACUAAGAAACAUAAUCACAUCCAUCUUCAUCUUCAUCGACAGAUACCUUCUUCCAUUAACAACAAAGUUUAAGUUUCUUCACAUCCUUCGUUCCCUCUUCAUCUCAUCCUUCCUUUUCUUCCUCCGUCUCCUUCCUUCUCUUUUUCCUUGCCUAGACCCUUCAUCUUCAUCUUCAUCCUCUUCCCAAACCCAUCUCGAUUAUCCUCCACCAAUCCCACCGCCUGAAACCACCGACCUCAAUUCCGGCAUCGCCAGAGCACUAACUCAACUAUUAGCGAUUGUCAGCAAUCUACCCGUUAACUCAAGAAAAUACGAAGUCGUCAGGUCUUUAACCGAUAGGUUAUUGGAUGAGAAUCUACAGGUAGGGUCUGAAGCUCUUCGUCAAGUCAACUGCAGUGUCUUGUCAAUGGCGUUCACCAGAACUCUUAGAUUACUUGAUGCAGCGGUUUGGGGCGAAGUAGGAGAAGCCGGGGAGGACUAUUGGAGUUUAAACCGUGUUAUGAAGUCGGUUAAACAAUAUGGAGCGAAGUUAAUCAAUGAGGAACAAGAUCGGUUUAAUGCUUCCUCGGCUGAGAAAGUGGCGGCAGAAUUGCUUUGGCUAGCGGAGAGAAUGGCUGCUUGUGGUUGUGUACAGAAAGCUGUGAGUAAUUGGGGUUCGGCUACUCGUCUUGCUCGAAUGGCUCUUUCUGUUCAACCUCGACUUCAAGGAUCUCUUGUUAAGAUAUCUGCUUUCUUGUUUAAGCAAGUGAAAGAUAUGAAGGGGAUAGACGAAGAUAAGAAGGAGAAAUUGAAUGAAAGUAAGAUGAAGAUGUUGAUGUCAUGGUUGCCAUUACUGUGUCGAGCAAGUAAUGGUACAGAUGCUCCGAUUCUGAGUGUGAAUGAAAGAAUGGAGGUGGAGAGAUCUUUGGAAGAGACGAUUGAGAAAUUGGAAGGAGAAGAUGAACAAGAGAAGGUUCUUUCUCUUUGGCUUCAUUAUUUUACUCAUUGUCCUUCUUCAGAUUGGCCGGAUCUUUACUCUUGUUAUAUUCGUUGGUGCCAUGCAUCCCGUAAUUCACUCGUUGUUGUACCAGCUGCCACCGCCGCCGCAAUAUGAUGAAAAUCAAAUAUUUAUUAUCAAUGUUUAAUUUCUAAGUCUAUUUAUUAUAAUACUCUUACUAAAUGUAAUUGUGAUAUUAUGUUAUUUAAACAUUAUUAUCAAUACUUUGUUAAUAAUUGAAAUGGGGUUUAUAUUA